AUGAUCAAGGGACUGAGCACCGACCUCGCGGGUCGAUUUGGACGAGCGCUCUGCUCGAACGGAACCGGAAGCCGGAUCCUGAUCCAGAACGGAACCGGAAGCCGGAUCCUGAUACCAUGGAAUAACCGGAAGCCGGAUCCUGAUCCAGAACGGAACCGGAAACUGGAUCCUGAUCCAAGCGACGGAACGGAAGCCGGAUCGAUCCAAGAUCAACGGCAACCGGAAGCCGGAUCCCUGAUAGAACGGAACCGAACGGAGCUAUGGAACCUGAUCCUGGAUCAGACCGGGGAACCGGAAGGCCGGAUCCGGAUCCCGAAACGAACCGGAAACUGGAUCCUGAUCCAGAACGAGCUGGAAGCCGGAUCCAUGAUCAGAAUCGGGAAACCGAAACCGGAUAAGCCGAUCCAAGAUCCAGACGGAACCCGGAAACUGGAUCCUGAUCCAGAAACCCUGGAGCCUUGGAAGCCGGAUCCUAUCCAGAACGGAACCAAGAACGGGAACGAAACUGGAUCUGAAAUCCAGAACGGAGCUGGAAGCCGGAUCCUGAUCCAGAACGGAACCGGAAGCCGGCGGAUCUAUCCUGAUCCAGAACGGAACUGGAAGCCGGAUCCUGAUCCAGAACGUGGAACUGGAAGUCCGGAUCCUGAUCCAGAACGGAACCGGACGCCGGAUCCUGAUCCGAACGGAACCGGAAACUGGAUCCUAUCCGAAGGAGCUGGAAGCUGGAUCCUGAUCCAGAACAAGCCGGAAGCCGGAUUCCUGAUCCAGAACGGGAACUGGAAACUGGAUCUGAUCCAGAACGGAGCGGAAAGCCGAUCCGAUCCAGAAGGAACCGGAAAACGGAGCGGAAGCCGGACCUCAGAAUCAGAACGGGCCAGCCGAUCAAGAUCCAGCGAACCGGAAAGCCGGAUCAAGAUCCAACGGAGCCGGAAGCCGAUCAAGAUCCAACGGAACCGGAAGCCAGAUCCUAUCCAAGAACAAAGAACCGGAACCGAUCCUGAUCCAGAACGGAACCGGAAGCCGGAUCCUGAUCCAGAACGGAACCUGAAAACUGGAUCUCCUGCUCCAGAACGGAGCUGGAAAAGCCGGGAUCCUAAUCGAGAACGGAAACCGGGAAGCCGGAUCAAGAUCCAGAACGAACCGAACUGGAUCCUGAUCCAGAACGGAGCUGAAGACCGGAUCCUGAUCCAGAAACAGAACCGGAAGCCGGAUCAAGAUCCAGAACGGAGCCGAGCAAGCGGAUCUGAUCCAGAAACGGAACCGAAGCCGGAUCCUGAUCCACAACGUAACCGGAAGCCGGAUCCUGAUCCACAACGGAACCGGAAGCCGGAUCCUGAUCCAGAACAGAACCGGAAGCCGGAUCCUGAUCCAGAACGGAACCGGAAACAUGAUCCUGCUCCAGAACGGAGCUGGAAGCCGGAUCCUAAUCCAGAACGGAACCGGAAGCCGGAUCCUGAUCCAGAACGGAACCGGAAGCCGGAUCCUGAUUCAGACGUAACCGGAACCGAAUCGGAUCCUGAUCCAGAACGGAACCGGAAGCCGGAUCCUGAUCCAGAACGGAACCGGAAGCCGGAUCCUGAUCCAGAACGGAACCGGAAGCCGGAUCCUGAUCCAGAACGGAACCGGAAGCCGGAUCCUGAUCCAGAACGAACGGAAAACUGGAUCCUGCUCCAGAACGGAGCUUGA